AUGACACCUCCCCACCCCAUCGGCCUCAACCCGAGCAGCAUCGACAACAGCAAUGCCGAGAAGCCCCCAGAGAUCGACAUCGAGGUAGGUAGCUUCAAAGACCCGCAUCGCAAGCCCAAAGGCAAAGGAUCGUGGCUCCAGAAGGCGGCUGUUACUACCGUCACCAUGGUAGCCAUCAUACCUACUGCAUGCUGCUCCCAUCACGCGUACACCAAAUCUCACGCGCACACCAACAUCGAGUGA